CCGCUUCCUGUAGGCAGCGGGAUGAGCGCAGACAAAGCUGGGUGGGGACUCGGCGCUCGGGGCUGCUGCUGACCACCAUCAUCAUCAUCAUCAUCAUCAUCCUCCUGCUGCUGCGGCCGCAUCCCUCCGGCCCUCCAUCCCUCCCUCCAUCCCUCCAUCCCUCCAUCUCUCCAUCCCUCCAUCCCUCCAUCCCUCCGUCCGUCCCGCCGCCGCCCGCCCCGCGGGGACCGGGACAGCGCUGCCAGAGGCAGUGAAGGGCCAAGAGGAGCAGAGCUUCCCUUAGAGGCACAGAGCAGCGCAGAGAUCGGCUUCUGCCCAUCCCAGGAACCCUCCUGGCCUGCCCAUGGCUAGCAACAACACUGCUAGCAUAGCACAGGCACGCAAGCUGGUGGAGCAGCUGAAGAUGGAGGCCAACAUCGACAGGAUAAAGGUGUCCAAAGCAGCAGCAGACCUGAUGGCGUACUGCGAAGCCCACGCCAAGGAGGACCCUCUAUUGACCCCCGUCCCAGCCUCAGAAAACCCCUUCAGAGAGAAGAAGUUCUUCUGCGUGAUCCUGUAAACCCUGGAGGAGCCUGACGGGCACUCAGGCCACCCUGAACACUGAUGUAGAGUUUUUAGGAAUGGGGACGACCUGCUGGUCCGCAGAAUUUAAACAAAAAUAAGUAAAAAAACACGGCCUGGAAGCUACAGAGAUGUGCAUGUUUAAAGAACCUGGCCACCUUUGGGGGAAUCAGAUGAUCUGCAUUGCGAGGCAAAAGAUCUGAAGUCUGUAGAGUUGCCUAGAAAGAGAAAAACAAACAAACAAACAAACAAAAAAUCAUGUAAAGAAUAAAUCAGUGUCACUUUUCUGCUCACAAAAUUGUUCGAUUGUUCCGUAUUUAAAGCACCAGAGCUGUGCUGAGCAAAGUUAGCUGCUAAGGAUGUGUAUAACCUUCUUGGAAUGAUAUUGUUGGUUUCUUUCCAAGCUAAUAUUUUUGAUUUAAGUUGUCAGAUAUAUAGCGACAGGUUAGGUGGCUGUGCUGUUACUCAAUGUUUGGUCUUGUGCUUUUUUCAUUUCUGGCCGUAGCGUGGCAGGGCGGGUCGAGGGGACACCAGCAGCUCUGUGUCCCCAGCAAACCCCACUUUUUCCCAUUCUCUCUAUGGUUAGCUUUGGUUCUGCAAGUAAAAGUGGUUCCCGUGUCGUGCUUGGUGCUUCCUAGGCCUGUGAUGACAUUCAGUGGUAGUGCAUGAGAGUUUAAUUCCGUUCAUCCGCUCCUGACUUUUCUUUUCUAGCGCUUGGCACCACGUGCUGGUGGAAGAAGCCGUAGGGAGGGAACAGAGGCGAUUCUGAGAGCAAAGAGAGCUCCUGAGAUGCCUUAGACGUGCCUGAGAUACCUCCUGCCACGGGGCAGGUGCCAGCCCGGGUGCAGGGCGAGCCAGAAAUCCGAAAAUCAAAGUCGACCGCUUCUUUCCGGGUCUUUCCUUUCUCCUACACCUCCGUGCCUCUGCUCUCCUCGCUUGGUCCUGCUCUUUCCCAGUUCUGGUAGCACUUCCUUCCCUUGGGGCUGGUCUGGAAUGCUGCUGGGAUGUUGUUCAGGGCUGGGAUGCUGCUCCAUGGUGGGACACAGCUCCAUGGUGGGAUGCUGCUCCUCCAUGGGAUGCUGCUCCUUGGUGGGAUAGAGCUCCAUGGUGGGAUAGAGCCUCAUGGGGGGCUGCUGCUCCUCCAUGGAAUACUGCUCCUCCAUGGAAUACUGCUUCUCCAUGGAAUGCUGCUCCAUGGUGGGAUACAGCUCCAUGGUGGGAUGCUGCUUCAGGGUGGGGUUCUGGUCCAUGGUGGGAUGCUGCUCCUCCAUGGAAUGCUUCUCCAUGGUUGGACACAGCUCCAUGGUGGGACACUGCUCCUCCAUGGAAUCCUGCUCCUCCAUGGAAUGCUGCUCCAUGGUGGGAUGCUGCUCCAAAAUGGAAUGCUACUCCAAAAUGGGAUGCUGUUCCAUGGUGGUAUACAGCUCCAUGGUGGGAUGCUGCUCUUCCAUGGAAUCCUGCUCCUCCAUGGAAUCCUGCUCCUCCAUGGAAUGCUGCUCCAUGGUUGGACACAGCUCCAUGGUGGGACACUGCUCCUCCAUGGAAUCCUGCUCCUCCAUGGAAUGCUGCUCCUCCAUGGAAUGCUGCUUCAUGGUGGGACACAGCUCCAUGGUGGGAUGCUACUCCAAAAUGGAAUGCUACUCCAAAAUGGAAUGCUGCUCCAUGGUGGGACACAGCUCCAUGGUGGGAUGCUGCUCUUCCAUGGGAUCCUGCUCCUCCAUGGAAUGCUGCUCCUCCAUGGAAUGCUGCUCCUCCAUGGAAUGCUGCUCCAUGGUGGGAUACAGCUCCAUGGUGGGAUGCUGCUUCAGGGUGGGUUCUGCUCCAUGGUGGGAUGCUGCUUCUCCAUGGAAUGCUGCUCCAUGGUAGGACACAGCUCCAUGGUGGGACACUGCUUCUCCAUGGAAUGCUGCUCCUCCAUGGAAUGCUGCUCCUCCAUGGGAUGCUGCUCCUCCAUGGAAUGCUGCUCUUCCAUGGAAUGUUGCUCCAUGGUGGGACACAGCCCCAUGGUGGGACGCUACUCCAAAAUGGGAUGCUGCUCCAUGGUGGGAUGCUGCUCCUCUGUGGGAUUCUGUCCCACCAUGGGAUUCUGCUCUCUGUUGGGAUGUUCCUGCCCCUUCCUGCCCCUCUCCCUCCCGUUCCCGCUGCCCCCUCCCCACGUUGGGAAGGGCCAGGGGAGCAGCCCCGGGAGCCGUGGGGCCGCCCCAUCCCGGAGGUGCCUGAUUCCCUGUUUACACACGGCCUGGGCUCCGUGCCAGGCUGGGCAGUUAUUCCCAGGUCUCCUUCCCAUGCUCCCAGCUCUUGGGGGACACACACCACCUUUCUGGGCUCCUCCUCCAGUCCGUAUUUUUGUGGUUUGUCUCUCCUUUCUGCUGCUAAACACCUCCUGGCUCUCCCCUGCUCAUCUAUCCUCCUGGGAAACUUUGGGAAUCAUCACUUUGGGAUCCAUCCCUUUGGGAAUCAUAACGUGGGGAUUUAUGUACAGAAUGAGCUGGGGGUCACAAAGGGGUUUGGGGGUCGGUGGUGACCCCACUGAACCAGUUCUGAAUCAGGUGUGAGCUUUUGAAAAUCCCCGUGGAUCCGGGAGGGGAAAAGUCUUUCGGUACCUUUUUGGUAACUCUUUCUAGCCCGUAAAAAAAAAAGUGUUUUUUGGUUUUUCUACCUUUUCAUACUCUUUUUCUAGUUCUUCUACGGAGAAGGCCAGUUCUUCUCACACUGGACUCCAAACUUUUGGCACCUGGGAAUGUUUAUAAGCCACGAGUAGCCUAGAUGGUCCCAGCACCCCCCUAAUUCCCCAAUUUUGCUCUUUUUACUACAGCUCCCCUAGCUUUAGGAUGAAGGGUGGAUGAAGUGGUUUGCUCUGCAGCUGGUUUCACUCUUGGUGUUACCAGGCAGAGAUGUAAAAACCCCAUCCUGAGUUUUGUCUUUUCUUCUUAAUCUGAUUUAUUGUCACAGAGAGUGAAGUGCAGCCGGUCUGACCCGGGGCUCCCACCCCACCCCUUCUCAAACACCUUCACAAAAGUGGUUUGUAAUAAUUUUUUUAACGACUUGCCUAUUUUACAACUCGAAUUCUUAAAACCUUAGACAACAAAAUAAACCUGCAUGAAUAUGGGGGAGCGGGGAGGGGGAGAUUUUUGAACUAACCCAGACUAUUCAUUGAAGGUGUUUUAUCUUGCUGGGCUUGAUUUUCUGUUGGUUGUGGUGUUGCCAUUGGUGUGCUGCCAGGUAUUUCACCCCAGUAUUUCUAUUUACACAGAUCUGCCUUUGUUAGCCAAGCAGAGAUCGCCUGCCAAGGUUGUUUCCCCUCCUCACAACAAAAAUCUCACCCAUCCCUCCAUCCCCAUGCUGGAUUUCCAGCCUGGCCUCAAACGUCAUUCAACUACCCCCAGGCUUUUAAACAAAAAAAAUAAAUCUGGAGUACUGGAAAAAAGGACUUUUUUUGUCUGCAAAAGUUGCUGGUGGCAGUCUGUCCAUGGCCUGCCACCCUGCCAGCAGCAGGAUUUUGGGGAGGGGGUGGUUGUAGGCGAAAGCCAGUCGUGGUGUAGCGCAUCCCCAUCCCACAUGGUCUGUGUACUCGUUGGAAAUAAACUUUUGGAUUUGUUUCAA